ACAGCUUUGACAAUCGACUCUUUCGUACGGCUGAGGUCGGGUUGUCGAAUGCCCUUGCUUGGAUUUGGGGUCUAUCAAAAUUAUACCACGAAAGUGUCCGUUCUAGAAGCCUUCCAGGCUGGAUACAGACACAUUGACACCGCUCAAGCAUACAAAAACGAAAGUGGCGUCGGCGAAGCCGUCCGAGAAAGUGGGCUUAAGAGAGAAGAGGUGUUUGUUACCACCAAAUGCAUCAAUAAGACGCACGGAUAUGACAGGACCUUAAAAGGUGUUGACGAAUCGCUCCGCAGAUUCGGGCUUGACUACAUUGACCUGUUCCUCAUUCACGACCCGCUUUCGGGCCCCGAACUUCGAUUAGCCACUUGGAAAGCACUGCUCGAUGCCAGAAACCAAGGGAAAAUCCGCAGCGUUGGCGUGUCUAACUACAAUAUACGCCACCUCAAGGAGAUCGCCGCCGCGGGUCUGGAAAUGCCCGAGGUCAAUCAAAUUGAGCUGCACCCGUUCUGUCAACAAAAGGCGAUCGUGGAGUUUUGUCGCAAGCAGUCAAUUAUAGUCCAGGCUUAUUCGCCACUUGUCCGCAGCAAGCCGGGCCUAAUAGACCGCCCUGAAAUUAGUGGGAUCGCACAGAAGCAUAAUCGCGAACACGCACAAAUUUUAAUACGAUGGUCCCUUCAGAAACAGUUAGUGCCGCUGCCCAAGUCAGCCUCUUCGGCACGGAUCUCUUCGAAUACGAAUGUAUAUGACUUCGUACUUGAUGAUCAUGAUAUGGCUUCCCUCGACGCUCUGGACCAAGGCUUGCCUGGAGCCGUGACAUGGGCAUCUACGUUGAUGGAAUCCGAGUAAACAGGUUAUGACCGCGGCUUAAUGUCUUUUACGAUCACCAUUCCUGUCUGCCAAAUGUAUAACAGAAC